ACAUUUUGUAUUAAAACGUUAUGCGUCCAAAAACAAUCGCGUCAAACUGUUGAGUUCUCUCCGCUGACCUUCAAACCGGCGCGUGUUUUAAGUAUCUAUACUGUCGUUGAAGCUAUUAUGAUAAUAUUAUUAAAUUACACGUAUAAACCGAGUAAAUCCCGAAAAACGUCAAACGAUCGUGUGCAUAUUUUUGAUUGCGCAUGUUGUGAUAAUUUGACGCGAAUUCGAUCCGAUCAAUAAUAAUAAUAAUACACGGCAAUAUAUCGUGCUGGACUUGUAUCCAGGAUACAUGUUAUAUUAUAUAAAUACGGUCGUCGUACGAAGUUCAGCUCGCACAAGUACCACGCACGUGUAACCUGUACGUAUCGAUACGAUAUAAUAUACUAUAAGAAAAAGUGUUUGGAAUCAAAUUGAUAUUAUUUUGUUUGUAUAUAUUUAAUAUAUUUUUGAUGAAACAUAUCGUUGUACAUUAUAAUAUAUAGUCGUCGACGAGUUUUUGUCGACGUCGCUGACGAGCUGAGAACAUUUUUUUAAAUAUCUGCAGAAGAUGAAUUCGCAUUACGCGACAUUGAUCUUCGUAUUGGUUUGCUGCUGGGACGGAGUCGGUCGUGUCGUUCGAGCAAGCAUCAUCGACGGAAGCUACUAUGGUCCUUAUCACCAUCGAAUCGGCGGAGGUUACUUAUACGGCACCACUGGCACUUACCACCGAGGACCUCAACAGCAUCGCAAUAUUGGCCUGAUCGGUAGCACAACGACCGCCGCCGUAGCGAUGCCCCGAUACAAUAAUUAUAACAGCGGUCUCCGCCCUUACAAAAACGUCAUAAUCCCAAUGUCUCCGUAUUACUGGUCACCACCGAAAUUUGGAUUGCUAAACCGUGGUAACGACCAUUACCGCGGUCGUGGAAGUGUCUCUGUCAUCGGAAGGCCACAACAGCAGCUAUUCGGUGGAUUGAUCCCGAAGAAUACACGAAAGGUCGUCAUCGGCGGGCCCGGCGGACAUGUGUCUCAGUCGUUUAUCAGACCUAAUACUCAUUACGGCACGGCGGCAUUUACUGUUAAGCAUUGACGAACGAUGGCUUUUUGAAUCCGCUUGAAUUCGAAUUUCAUACAAAUUUCUAAUUCAAUACCAUCGGCUGUCUCUUAUCAGGAUUAUUUGGGGUGGUUUAUAUAUACAUAUAAUUUCAUUUGACAUCGAUUUUUUAUCUGUCUUCUUAUAUUUUUUGAACAUUGUUAAAUAAAUGCACACACACACACACAUAUAUAGCACAAAUCAUAUUAUUAAUAUAAAUAUCAAUGACUAUGCAAUUUAAUGUAUAUAAAUACAUUAAAAAAUAUACAGUAGGUAUUCAAAAUUCAAAUCUUCUCUAGUAUCUUCAAUAAUCUUCAUAAACGGGACUGAUAAGGUCAUUAAUUUACCUCAUUUGAAUUAAUAAAAUAAUUAAUAGUUCAACGACGAGUGACGUAUGUAUAAAUAAUCUGUUAUUUUUCUCGGUUAAAAUUGGAUAUUAAUUAACAGAUUCUUUCUUAUACUUGUUUCAGCUACAAUCGAAUAUAUCAUCAUUACAAGUAUAUGAAACGUUAUGAUGUUUUUUUUAUGAGAUAUAUUUUAGUCCAACGAUCUUUGAUCAGUUUGUUAAGUUUAUCAAUCUAAAAUAAUUAAUAAUAACUAUAAGAAAGCAGGUAUACUAUUAUGAUAUCGUGUACUGAUUUUAUGGCUAUAUUGUGUUAUACUUAAGCAUACUUAUUACUAAAAUAAACGAACAGCUAUUGAGGUCAAUAUAUGGAAUAUCAAUACGUGGUAGUCGAGUUUUAAUAAAAUAUUUGUGUUUAUACUAAACGAUUAUAUUAUCAAAACCUUGUAUUUAAAAAAUAUAUUAAUUGAAUUGUAUAGAUAUAGAUAUAAUACAAUAUCAAACGCACCAAAUGAAUACAAAGAAGAUUUUUAUAUAAAUAUAUCUAAAUUUAAUAAAACCUUUGGUGCAAAAUGUUUCUGUAGCAAUAUAUUAUUUACGUAGGAUUUUUAAAAUUCAUUUUCAUGAUUAUGCUAUAUCUAAUACAUUUUAAAAUGUAUUUAAAUCAUAAGUUUUAAUGAUAAUUAAAUUCUAUGAUUUUUAGUAUUGAAAUAGUAUUGUUUUGUGUGUUAUUGUAAAUUAUUCUCUAUAAUAAAACUGUCCACUUGCACAAUAGCCAUCAGCUUAUCGGACGCUAUAUAAGCCAAUGUUAAUUAAUUGGAAGUGACCGAUUUAUUGAUGUACUAAGAUUAUUGAUUAUGUAUAGUUGGGAAAAUGUAAUAUUAUUACUGUUUAUAUGUUUUAUCAGAACAGAACGUCAACUUUACUAAUGUAUUACAAUUAACUAACACAAUUUACUCAGUAAUAAUUAAAAACACUAACAUUUAAACAAUAAAAAUUUCCAUGGUAUCAUUGGUAUCAAACGUGCUGUUCAAUUAGCUUGAGCUAGAGAGUAGAGAGCCUAUAUAAUAAUAUUAUAUUAUUAUAUAGGAUCUCUAGCUUGAGCGUUAAAUUGAGAAACAAAAUGUGUAUUGUAUAAUAAUAAAAUUUAGUUUUAACUUUAAACUUUGUAAUACAAUUUAUGAAAAAGUAAAACCAAUGAAAAUUAAUAUUUUACAAGACCAAAUUUAGUACUAGUGGAAUGUACAUAAGUUUCAAAGUUGGAAACUUAUAUCGUUUGAAUUUGCAAAUAAAAAGGUACACUCAUUGCAGUUUUAUAAUAGUAUCUUGAUUUAUAAUCGCAUCAUUUGGACAUGUUCAAUUGA